AUGAAAAUAUGUUCAUUUAUUUAUUUUCCAUUAGAUUCAUCCAAAUAUUCCGUUUCAUCUAACAUAAAAAUCCAUACGGAUGAUGAACCAUGUCCAAUAACUUUUUGUGAACGACUUUGCUUUGAAAUGACAACUGAUCUUGAUGAAACAAGAUUACAAAGAAAUAAAACAGAUCAACAUCUAUCUACUGGAUGUCUUCAACUAUAUGGUUUAAGUAUUCGUGGUCAUGCAAUGCUUUCACAUGAAGGUUUACCACCUGAACAUUCAAUUGAUCUUAAUCUCAUUGAAGUUGGAAAUACUGUUAAUGUUCAAAUAGCACCUAUUCGUUUAUGUAUGUGUAAUAUGCAUACAUCAUUGUGUAAUGAAAGUUUAACUUUAAAAGUUGGUACAAUACAAAUUCGACAACUACUACGUCUUUAUCCUGGUUCAUGGUUAGAAGCUGGUUCAGUUAGCGUUCCUGAAUUACGUAUUAAUGCAAAAUUUGAAUGUCAUCCAUCAACACCUGCUACAAUAAAUGAACAAUUAGAAUUUCUUGCAACAAAUUCUAAUAUAUUAUCAUGUGCAUGUCUUGGUGGUUCAACAAAUUAUUAUACACUUGUACAAGGUGAACAAUUGUUUAAAAGUACAUUUCGUCUUAGUGAUCAAUCAUCAUUUGGUCGUUCAUUAUUCCAUCCGGAGUUACAUGUUUUACAUUCACAUUUUAUAUUUGAACAUAAAUAUAAUUGGACUAAUUAUGAACAUGUUAAUCGAUUGCAUGAUGAAUCAGAUGACGAAGAAAUUUUUUAUCUAUUUGGUUUUUGUGGACAACAAAAACAAUCUAAUGAACAACAUCAAAAUAUAAAUAAUAAUCCAUUACGACAUAGAAGUGAUGAUUAUUUAACACCUAAUGAACAUUUACCAUUAAAAAGUGCAAGUCAAACAAGUUUAAAUUUAACUUUAAAUAAUAGAAAUGAUAUUAUAGAAUCGUCAUCAAUAUCAUCAUUAGCUAUGAUGCAACAAAAAUCAUCAACUUUAUCAUCACCCAUGCAUUCAGAUUUAAAUAUAUUUUUAACAUCAAUUGGUAAUAAACAAAAUCUAUCAACAAAUUCAUCAACUGAUUCUUUAACAGUUUUAGAAGAAAUACUACAAAGACAACAAACAAGAAAUAGUUUAACAUUUCUACCUCAAAAAGGAACUUCAUCAAACAUGGGAUAUAAUACUGUACCACAACCAUCUCUUCCUAGUUCUUUAUGGAUAAGUUUACGUAAUCAAAUGAAAAUGUGUAUACCAAAAUCGACUCUUUUAUGUACAACAUACAUUCGUUAUUUAUCUCAUUAUCUUUCUUCAACAUGGUCCAAUAACGCUACAUUCCCAGCAAAUAUUCAGUAA